UACCUUGGCUUCAUUUGAUCAAAAACAUGAUUCACUAUAUGGUCUUGAUUUCUUUUCUAUUUUUUUCAAAUUUUGAUGCAAUCAAAACACAAGAUGAGGUUUCUUUAAGAAGGAGCAAAAGGUUUGCUGCAUUUCCUGAAGGUGCCUCUUUAUCGGUAGCUUUCUGUAUGACUCAACAAGUUAUCAUACCAGCUGGUAGUAUUUUCACUGAAGGAGUAAAUUGGGGAAUCAGUUAUCAACUUCCAAAUAAAACAACAUACUUAGAUAACAUCAAAAAGAAGUCCCACAUAAUAAAAAGAAGCGAAAGGAGAAGUAUCUAUGAGAGCAUAGAACAGAUCAUAGAAAAUUUUGGGUUCAAUGGAAGGUCUUGUAUAAUGCGAGCUUUGUGUGAAGCUCCUAAAAAGAUGAAUCUCGAGAACAGUAGUAUUUCCGAGAAGAUCAUAGAUUCACUAUUUAGAUUCCCUUUACAACCUAUAGAAGACCAUGAACCAGAAGAACAUCGUGAUUAUCAUUCAGCUGCUAAGUUUGGAGAAGAAAAUCGAUGUGAAUCUUUCUAUAAAGAAUGUCCAUUUCCUUUGUUAGAUGUCAGCUUAGGAGUACUCAAUGGUUAUUUUACUACUUGAUCAAAUAAAAACAAAAUG